AUGACCGCAGCGCCAGAGGAGAAGUUCCGGAAGGACUACAGGCAGCCAAACUACUGGAUCCGUGAGGUGCAGCUCGACGUUCGUAUCUUCGACGGGCGCACCCAGGUAGAGGCGCUCCUGUCGUGCGAGCUGAACCCCUCGGUGGCCAAGCCGGGUGCGGAGCUGGUUCUCGACGGGGAGGACCUCAAGCUGGAGUCCGUGGAGAUCGUCCCCACUGGCGGCGGCGACGGAACGGCGCUCGCCGAGGGCCCUGGGGGCUACGAGCUGACUAAGGACGGCAUGGUCGUCCGGGGCGUUGGCACUGCCACCACCUUCGGCCUGCGCACCAAGGUGACCGUUGUGCCAGAGGAGAACACGCAGCUGAGCGGGCUGUACUUCAGCGGGUGCAUGUAUUGUACGCAGAUGGAGGCCGAGGGCUUCAGACGUUUCACGUACUUCCCAGACCGGCCAGACGUCAUGUCCAAGUACACGCGGGUACGGGUCGAGGCCAACAAGGCAAAGUGCCCGGUGCUUCUCGGCAACGGCAACGAGAUCGACGCGGGCACUUGCGAGGACGACGCAGAGCGGCAUUUCGCGGUUUUCGAGGACCCGUUCGCAAAGCCGUCUUACCUCUUCGCGAUAGUCGCGGGCGAUCUGGGCCGCAUCGAGGACACGUUCACAACGGCGUCGGGCCGUGAAAUCAAGUUGGGGGUGUUCUCAGAGCAGGCCAACGUGGACCAGCUGGACCAUGCCAUGGUGUCGCUCAAGAACGCGAUGAGAUGGGACGAGGAGAGGUUCGGGCUGGAGUACGACCUCGACGUCUACAACAUCGUCGCAGUGAAUGAUUUCAAUAUGGGCGCAAUGGAGAACAAGGGCCUGAACAUCUUCAACACGUCGCUGACGCUCGCGAAGCCUGACACAGCCACAGACAGCGAUUACCAGCGCAUCGAGGGCGUGAUCGGGCACGAGUACUUCCACAACUGGACCGGAAACCGUGUCACGUGUCGCGACUGGUUCCAGCUGACCCUGAAGGAAGGCCUCACCGUCUUCCGCGACCAGGAGUUCUCGGCGGACAUGGGCAGCCCCGCGGUCAAGCGCAUCGAGGAGGUGCGCGUGCUGCGGGCCGCGCAGUUUCCGGAGGACAGCGGGCCCAUGGCCCACCCCAUCCGGCCCGAGAGCUACAUCGCCAUGGACAACUUCUACACGGCCACCGUGUACAACAAGGGCGCCGAAGUCAUACGCAUGUACCAGACGCUCCUCGGCCGCGACGGCUUCCGCAAGGGCAUGGACCUGUACUUCCAGCGCCACGACGGCAGCGCGGUCUCCUGCGACGACUUCCGCGCCGCGAUGGCGGACGCGAACGACCGCGACCUGUCUCAGUUCGAGGAGUGGUAUCUGCAACCUGGGACCCCGCAGGUGGAGGCGACGGGCUCCUGGGACGCGACCUCGGGCACCUACACGCUGACGCUGCGGCAGCGGGUGGGCGUCGGGCAGCAGCACCUGGCGGAGGACAAGCGGCGGGAGAAGCCGAUGUUGAUCCCGGUGGUCGUCGGGCUGCUGGACAAGGCGACGGGCAAGGAGGUGGUGCCCAGCAGGGUCUUGGAGCUGGCCCAGCCAGUCCAGGAAUUCGCCUUCGAGGGCCUCUCCUCCGAGCCAGUGCCGUCGCUGCUGCGCGACUUCUCCGCGCCGGGCGCGCGCGCGCGCGCUCGCGUCUGCACCGGCCUUCUAGCAGGAGGAUCAGUGUAG